GUCGGAGCGCGUAGGGAAGAGGAAAGGAAGGGGAAAGGCGGAGAACCAUGGCAGCUAUGGCUGCUGUGUGCAGUGCUGUCGGGAGGAAGAGCUUGACAACAAGCCUCACAGAUCGCGGAACUUACGCGGUUACAGCGCUGUGGAGAAGAUGUUGUUCACAGUAUAAUCAGGUAGCCAGCAAUAAGGACCUGCCAAUCCUAAUGGAAAACCCCUAUAAGGAGCCUCUUAAGAAGUGUGUCUUGUGUGAGAAACGUGUAGAUUAUAAGAAUGUACAGCUUCUGUCCCAGUUUAUUUCUCCAUUCACUGGACGCAUUUACGGAAGGCACAUAACAGGUCUUUGUGGAAAGAAACAGAAAGAAAUAACAAAGGCCAUUAAGAGAGCUCAGAAAAUGGGAUUUAUGCCAGUGACAUACAAGGAUCCUGCGUAUCUCAAAGACCCUAAAGUUUGUAACAUCAGAUACCGGGAAUAAAUUUUGUAAAGUUACUGUCAAUAAACGUGUAAUUGCUUGUCAA